AUGACAUUGACAGAUGCCAUGAUGGUCUCGUCAGGAGAAGAUCAGGAGAAGGUCGUCCCCCGGUGGUUGAGGCCGCUCGUGGACGCCAAGUUUUACAGCUGGUGCGAGACUCAUCGCUCCAAAGAGCGCAAUUAUUACUGUAGAGUUUGCAUGCUUGCUUUGUGCAAAGAUUGCAAGGAACAACAUGAUGGUUCCAAGCACGAGAUCAUCACGGCAUAUAAAGCUUCACACAUGGCAUCCUUCAGAAUGGAGGACUUGAAGCAGCUGUGGGAUAUUUCUGAUAUCUGCCCAUAUACUUUCAAUGGGUGGCUUGUUGCCUUCAUAUACAGAAAGGGAACCGGGAUAUCUCGUUCCCACUGUAAAAGCGGUGUUGCAGAAUGUGAAUCUUGUCGGUAUGGGCUCAAGUUGGCGAGCGCCAAGUAUUGCUCCGUGGAAUGCAAGGUUGAAGCGGCGUUGAAGAAGAACGGAAGUGGAAGUAUGGAUUUGAAAGCAAAGAGGAAGCUAGAGACAAUAGUGGAAGAGGUUGCUGAAGAUGUUCACUCAUUUAGGAAACGAGAAAGAAAGCAGCAAAAACCGCAAAGAGUUCCGUCUCAUUAG